AUGGCAGGUGCAAAAGCGGUUAGUACACCUCUGUCCACUAGUGACAAGUUAGUUUUAUGUGAUGGGUCCCCUUCUGCCGAUGCUACUAUUUAUAGGCAGAUUAUUGGAGCUUUGCAGUACUUGGCUAUUACACGGUCGGAUGUGUCUUUUACAGUCAAUCGUUUAUGCCAGUUCAUGCAUGCUCCAACACAAAAUCAUUUUCAAGCCUUGAAGAGAGUUAUGCGAUAUUUAAAAGGUACAAUCUAUUAUGGAUUAUUUCUUCGUCGACAUUCUGCUCAUAAAUUAACAACAUUUUCUGAUUCUGACUGGGGAGGAUCACUUGAAAAUGGAAGAUCAACAACUGCAUAUGUUUUAUAUCUUGGUUCUAAUGUUAUCUCUUGGAAAUCCACUAAGCAGAAGACGGUGUCUAGAUCUUCCACUGAGGUAGAAUAUAAGGCAUUGGCUAAUGCUGCAGCAGAAUUAAUUUGGGUUCAAAAUUUGUUAAAAGAUUUGAGCUUUCCUGUUUUAGAACCCCCCAGUUAUUCAUUGUGA